GACUAAGCCGUGGGGACAGGCGUUGUGCGCAGGCGCGGGAGGCGGGGCAGCAGCAAUGGCGGCUCCCGGGACGAUGGUGGCCUCCUCGGAGCGGGAGGCGGCGGCGGCGGCCGAGGCGGAGCGUCGCGUGCGGGCCUGGGCGGAGGUGCAGCGGGCGCGCGGGCGCCGCGUGGCGCUGGUGACGUCCGGGGGGACUCAGGUGCCGCUGGAGACCCGCGCGGUCCGCUUCCUGGAGAACUUCAGCAGCGGGCGGCGCGGGGCGGCCUCGGCGGAGCGUCUGGCGGCCGCCGGCUACGGGGUCUGCUUCCUGCACCGGACGCGCUCGGUUUUUCCCUGGGCGCGCGCCCUGCCGCCUCCGGGCCCGGCCUUGCUGGACCUGCUGCGCGUGCAUGAGGAGGACGGGGCGGUGCGCGUGCGCGACGGGGCUCUCCCGGCCCUGCUGCCCGCCCUGCGCGCCUACGGCCGGGCCCGGGACGACGGAGCCUUCCUGGCGCUGGAGUUCGCCGGGUUGGCCGAGUACCUGGCCCUGCUGCGCGCCGCCGCCCGCGCCCUCGCCCCGCUCGGUUCCAGCGCCAUGUUCUAUUUAGCAGCAGCUGUGUCAGAUUUCUACAUCCCCCCUUCAGAGAUGCCUGAACAUAAAAUCCAAUCGUCUGACGGGCCCCUUCAGAUAAUCAUGAAGAUGGUACCCAAAAUGCUGUCUCCGCUGGUUAAAGAAUGGGCCCCUGAGGCAUUCGUGAUUUCCUUCAAGUUGGAAACGGAUCCGUUGAUCCUGGUUGAGAAAGCCAGGCAGGCCCUAGCGAAAUACAAUCACCAGGUGGUCAUCGCCAACGCCCUGGAUUCGCGAAGAACCUCAGUGAUCGUGGUCACUAAGGAUUCAGAAACCCCGUUGUCCCUUUUGGAGGAGGAAAUUGCCCGAGGUGUAGAGAUUGAGGAAAAGAUUGUCAGCCACCUGGUAUCCCAACACAGAGCCUUUGUGGAAAAAUAAUUGCCAGUGGAUAAAAUUCUUUCUCAACUAUAAAUUUAAGAACCGCUAGGAGCUGGUGGUGGUGAAGCUGGAGAAACUGGAAAGCUUCUAUUAGCUGUUAACAGAGACCUCUUUAACUUGGGUCAAGGAGGCGAAAUCUGACACAGCUUCAUGGUUCCUUUGCACGUCUUCAGACCCGUUUGCUGCUUGUUGGUGGGAAGGUUUAAAGAACAGGAACAUUCCAAGCUGUGACUCGUUCUGGUGUAUUAUUGGUACAAUCACGGGUUGGCGUUUUGGUGGCCAGGCAGACAAAAACCUCUCUGAUUAUUUUUUUUUUUCCUGCUGCCUUGGUAAAAAUCACUCAGGAAAAUUUAAAAAGCGUUCUAGUCAAUUUCUGAAUCUUAUUCCAUCUUGAAUUAUGCCAGUUUGCACAAAAUAAUGAGAGUCUCUAGGCCAGUAUGUGACUUGCUGACUUUGGGCAUCCUAAAAUUAUUAAACUGGUCAAAUAAUAGAUCAGUUGGAGUUUCGUGGGCCAGAAAUGUUCCAAUGUUGUCUUUUUCUUCCAAGAUGUGUCCAUAUGACCUUUUUUGAAGUUUAUGUUUUCCUGUUCUGCAAGAAAAAACUCGAAUGGCUAAAAUCUUCCAUCACCUUGAUGCCUUGGGAAAUGUGAAUUUUAUACAAGUAGUCCUCCACUUGCGACCAUUUGUUUAAUUGUUCAAAGUUAUGAUAAUGCUGGAAAAAAGUGAUUUACAACUGGUCUCCACAGUUACUGGUAAUAUUCAGGCGCUUGGCAACUGGCAUGUAUUUAUGAAUGUUGCAGCAUCCCAGAGUCACGUGAUCACCAUUUGCGACUUUCCCAAUGAGCUUUUGACAAACAGAAUCAAUGGGGGAAGCUGAUUUGCUUAAUGACCAUUGCAAAAAGGUCAUAAAAAUCAGGCGCUGCUCACUUAAUGAUUGUAUUGCUUAGUGAUGGAAGUUCUGAUACCACUUGUGGUCGUGAGCCGAGGACUUCCUGUACUGCGUUCACACAACCUGCUCAGCUUUGCCUUGCUUAAAAUGGUUUGCUGGCGAUGCUUUCAUGACACAUCCCAGGCUAAUUAAGCCAUGUUAACUGUUUUAUUUGUUACACGGACCCAGCAGUAAAAUCGGUUGCCCUGUGUUUGCAAACUGAAUAACUGUCACAUUUCGUGGAUCGUGUUUUAAAAUUCACCAGAAAAAGGAAUCUGAUACUUGAGGAAUUGUACAAAAAGAGAAGACACUCCACAGGUUCAGAAUAAUAAAAAAAUAUUCGGACACUGGA